GGAAGGGGUGGGAAUUUGAGGAGGAGGCUACCCUCUGAUUAUUAUUUUUAUUUUUUUAAAUCAUUAUUAUUUUCGCCGUGCAAGAAGGACGCUCGGAAUUCACCGGCUUGUCGGCUCCCGGGAGGGACCCGGGGAUUGUGCCGUCGCUUUUUUCCUCCCCCUCCCCUGUGGUUGGCUUGUUUGUUUGUUUUGAUUUGGGGUUUUUUUUUUCGUUUUUAUUCUUAUUUUCCGUUUUCCGCUGAGCAGCGGCGGCGGCAGCAGCAAUAUGGCUGGUGAUGGGUUUUUUGGGGGGCGCUGGCGGCGGGAGGAGCUCUCGGAAGCCCCUGCGCGCCCGGCUCGCUGUUAGCUAUGGCAAAUGGCAGCGGCGGCGGCGGCGGCGGCGUUAGAAUGAGUAACAAUAUCAACGCGAACAAUCUCAACACAGACUCGUCCUCUUCCCCCGUCAAUGUGCCCAAGAUGGAUGCGCUCAUCAUCCCGGUGACCAUGGAGGUGCCCUGCGAUAGCCGCGGACAGCGCAUGUGGUGGGCUUUCCUCGCGUCGUCCAUGGUCACUUUCUUUGGGGGACUGUUUAUCAUCCUACUGUGGAGGACCCUCAAGUACCUGUGGACUGUCUGCUGCCACUGCGGGGUCAAAAACAAGGAGGCCCAGAAGAUCAAUGGUGGUGGAGAUACACAGGCAGAUGGGGCCUGCAAACCUACAGAUGAAAAAGAGGAGAAUGUGGCAGCAGAAGUGGGAUGGAUGACCUCUGUGAAGGAUUGGGCAGGAGUCAUGAUAUCUGCCCAGACAUUAACUGGCAGAGUUCUUGUUGUAUUAGUCUUCGCUCUUAGUAUUGGUGCUCUUGUAAUAUACUUCAUAGAUUCAUCAAACCCAAUAGAAUCCUGUCAGAAUUUCUACAAAGAUUUCACAUUACAGAUCGACAUGGCUUUCAAUGUGUUCUUCCUACUCUACUUCGGCUUGCGUUUCAUAGCAGCCAAUGACAAGCUGUGGUUUUGGCUUGAAGUUAACUCGGUAGUAGAUUUCUUCACAGUUCCUCCAGUGUUUGUGUCAGUAUAUUUAAACAGAAGUUGGCUUGGCUUAAGAUUUUUAAGAGCCCUUAGACUGAUACAGUUUUCAGAAAUUUUGCAGUUUCUGAAUAUCCUUAAAACAAGUAAUUCCAUCAAGCUAGUGAAUCUGUGCUCUAUAUUUAUCAGCACAUGGCUGACAGCAGCUGGCUUCAUACAUUUGGUGGAGAACUCAGGGGAUCCAUGGGAAAAUUUCCAAAAUAACCAACCGCUUACAUAUUGGGAAUGUGUUUAUUUACUAAUGGUUACUAUGUCCACUGUUGGUUAUGGAGAUGUUUAUGCAAAAACAACCCUUGGUCGCCUUUUCAUGGUCUUCUUCAUCCUUGGGGGAUUGGCCAUGUUUGCCAGCUACGUCCCUGAAAUCAUAGAGUUAAUAGGAAACCGCAAGAAAUAUGGUGGUUCCUAUAGUGCGGUUAGUGGAAGAAAGCACAUAGUUGUCUGUGGUCAUAUAACACUGGAAAGUGUGUCCAACUUCCUGAAGGACUUCCUGCACAAGGAUAGGGAUGAUGUGAACGUAGAAAUCGUCUUUCUGCAUAAUAUCUCCCCUAACCUUGAGCUGGAAGCUCUUUUUAAACGACACUUCACUCAGGUGGAAUUUUAUCAGGGUUCAGUCCUAAAUCCCCAUGACCUGGCAAGAGUAAAGAUAGAGUCAGCAGAUGCGUGCCUAAUCCUUGCCAAUAAAUACUGCGCUGACCCAGAUGCUGAAGAUGCCUCCAACAUUAUGAGAGUCAUUUCCAUAAAGAAUUAUCAUCCGAAGAUAAGAAUUAUCACUCAAAUGUUACAGUAUCACAAUAAGGCCCAUCUGCUAAAUAUUCCAAGCUGGAAUUGGAAAGAAGGGGAUGAUGCAAUUUGUCUUGCUGAGCUCAAGCUGGGUUUCAUAGCUCAGAGCUGCCUGGCACCAGGCCUUUCAACAAUGUUAGCCAACCUCUUCUCUAUGAGGUCGUUCAUAAAGAUUGAGGAGGAUACGUGGCAGAAAUACUAUCUGGAAGGAGUUGCAAAUGAAAUGUAUACAGAAUAUCUAUCUAGUGCCUUUGUGGGUUUGUCCUUCCCUGCAGUUUGUGAAUUGGUGUUUGCGAAACUUAAGCUCUUAAUGAUAGCCAUAGAAUACAAGUCGGAAAAGCGAGAAAGCAGUAUAUUAAUCAAUCCUGGAAACCAUGUCAAGAUUCAAGAGGGUACUUUAGGAUUCUUCAUUGCAAGUGAUGCCAAAGAAGUAAAAAGGGCAUUUUUUUACUGCAAGGCUUGUCACGAUGACAUCACAGAUCCCAAAAGGAUAAAAAAAUGUGGCUGCAAACGGCUUGAAGAUGAGCAGCCGUCAACACUAUCACCCAAAAAAAAGCAGCGAAAUGGAGGCAUGCGAAAUUCUCCCAACUCCUCACCCAAACUGAUGAGGCAUGACCCCUUGUUAAUUCCUGGCAAUGAACAGAUUGACAACAUGGAUGCCAAUGUGAAAAAAUAUGACUCCACAGGGAUGUUUCAUUGGUGUCCAGCCAAGGACAUUGAAAAGGUCAUUCUGACUCGAAGUGAAGCAGCGAUGACAGUUUUAAGUGGACAUGUAGUUGUCUGCAUAUUUGGGGACGUUAAAUCUGCCUUGAUUGGAUUAAGAAAUUUAGUGAUGCCAUUACGAGCCAGCAACUUUCACUACCAUGAACUCAAGCACAUUGUGUUUGUGGGUUCACUUGAAUACCUGAGAAGGGAAUGGGAGACACUGCAUAACUUCCCCAAGGUUUCAAUCUUGCCUGGUACGCCAUUAAGUCGGGCUGAUUUAAGGGCUGUCAACAUCAACCUCUGCGACAUGUGCGUUAUCCUGUCAGCCAAUCAGAAUAAUAUUGAUGAUGCUUCGCUGCAGGACAAGGAAUGCAUCUUGGCGUCACUCAACAUCAAAUCUAUGCAGUUUGAUGACAGCAUUGGGGUCUUGCAGGCUAAUUCCCAAGGCUUUACACCUCCAGGGAUGGAUAGGUCAUCUCCAGACAACAGUCCAGUCCAUGGCCUGUUACGUCAACCCUCCAUUACAACAGGAGCCAACAUCCCUAUUAUAACAGAGCUAGUGAAUGAUUCAAAUGUUCAGUUCUUGGACCAAGAUGAUGAUGAUGACCCAGACACAGAACUGUAUCUCACACAGCCCUUUGCAUGUGGAACUGCAUUUGCUGUCAGUGUGCUGGAUUCCCUCAUGAGCGCAACAUACUUCAAUGACAAUAUCCUCACACUGAUACGGACAUUGGUAACAGGAGGAGCCACACCAGAGCUGGAAGCACUGAUUGCUGAGGAGAAUGCAUUGAGGGGAGGUUACAGCACGCCCCAGACACUUGCAAACAGGGACAGGUGUCGAGUUGCACAGCUGGCUUUGUAUGAUGGGCCGUUUGCAGACCUAGGGGAUGGAGGUUGUUAUGGAGAUCUAUUUUGUAAAGCACUGAAAACAUACAAUAUGCUUUGCUUUGGAAUUUAUCGAUUAAGGGAUGCACAUCUAAGUACACCUAGCCAGUGCACUAAACGUUAUGUUAUCACAAACCCGCCAUAUGAAUUUGAGCUUGUGCCGACAGACUUGAUCUUCUGUUUGAUGCAAUUUGACCACAACGCUGGCCAGUCCCGGGCCAGUCUUUCUCAUUCUUCCCAUUCCUCCUAUUCUUCUAGCAAGAAGAGCUCAUCGGUUCACUCCAUCCCAUCAACAGCAAACCGACCGAACCGCACCAAGACCAGGGAUUCCCGGGAAAAACAGAAGUAUGUGCAGGAAGAUAGACUUUGAUAUAUGUACCUGCUCCCACUGUGUGUGAAACUUGCAUCCAUCACCCAUUCUCCCCAGUUAAUGUUUCCAACAGUAAUGUUCCCUGUUUUCCCAUGGAGUUCUCCCUUUUUGUACACAUAUUUUGCAUAUGUAUGACAGUGUGCAUGUGAUUGUCAUUUUUAUUUCACCACCAUAAAACCCUUAAGCACAACAGCAACAAAGCAGACGGACCAAAAGUUAUUUAUGAUGCUAGGGGAGAAAAAAAAAUCCAAACCCAUAGGCACACUGAAAACAUAAAUAACUCACUGCAGUAACUACUCUACAUAUCAGAAAAUAGAGUGUAUUUAACAUGAACACUUACUGUUGAUGUCAGAGUUACACAAAAAAGUCAUUUAGUGCAGAAGUGUUGAUGUAUGUUCGGGUAGUUUUUUAUAUUCAUAUUUACAGGACUUGCUACAUUUAUUUGAGGCUUAUAAAAACUAACCCAUUGGAAAAAAAGCUACUGAUUUUCACUCUAAAAGCUGAUACUGCAUAGGGCUUUCACUCUUUGUAUAGAUUUUUGUUAAGCACCUGCUUUUAUACCAAAGCAACAUCAGGGACUUUUCUGCUUGUAUAAGGACUUUCUUUAAAAUAUUAGCUUUUUGGAGAAAGUGUCUUUUCCCUUUAACACUGAAAUUGUCUGGGCAUGAAGUUGUAAAACUCCAAUGGUUUAAUUUAAGUUUAGAAAGAGUCUAAUUGCAUAUUAAAUUAUUAUUCUGUCUAUUUAUACUGCCACAUGAAUAGCUAUAUUUUCUUUCACUUUUGACAUUUGGGAUGAAAAGCCAUAUGUAUCAUAAAUAUUGGAUGUAAGUCAUUAAAAACUGCCUUCCUGGGACUUUUACAUCUUUAAAAGGUGAAUUAGUCACCUUAUGUACAGAAUAAAUAAUGUUCAGAAAAGAGCAAGCAUUUUUCCAUGCUUUAAGUAUCAGUUCUCAAGGGACUUUAUUCCUUUCCCCAGAUGGUAGUUUAACUUUUCCAGGCUACAGUGAUGGUAUAAAUCUUUCCAUAGGAGUCCUAAUACGAGGAGAUCCCCCAGAAAUCUGGGGCUGUGCUCUGAGUAGUUCUCUACAACAGGUGCCUGCUAGUAGACAGUGAGCAGGAAUAAUGGAGAGGACUGAGUGCCUUUAAGAGCUGAGAGGCUCCUCUCCCAUUUAGGAAGAAAAGGCGCUGUGCCCCAGAGUACUGGUGAGCAGAGCAAGAGGGCUGGGGUGGAAAUACCCACUGUGCCGAGGCAUCGAGGCAUUGUGCUCUGCGCUUGCCAGAAUUUGGUUCUUGUGUAGUCUCACCAGUGACACACCUGGCCAAAGAUUGUGGCAGAGAAUUAAAUAAAGUAGUGGAAAUGAACCUAUGCUAGAGAGCCACAGUUCAUUUUUUUUUUUUUAAUUUAAAAUACUAACCUCUGAGAUACAGAAAUAGUUCUAGGUGGUGUGAAGAGGGAUGUCCUGGGGCUAGUUGAAAGGGAGACCAGAAACACAUACCACCUCCUGUGACUACCCAGCAAAGAAAGCAUGCGGAGAGAAAAUAAGUAUUCAGACUUGUGAGUGACUAGCAUGGUAACUGCCAACCCAGACAAGGUGCUUUUAUGGUUAGUGCUGUUUUCUACCUUCCCCUUCCCCAAGCAUGAUAAUUUUGAAGAUUUGCUUGCUGUGUGAAUUGACAAUGAAGCCAAGCACUUUUACUGACAAAACCUGGUACCAAAUAAGUGGGCUACACAGAGUGCCUCUGUGCAGUGUUAAGCAUAAUGAUUGGAAUACAGUAUAUAUGAAUGUGUGCAUUCAAAUGCAGCUGUAAGUCCUAUCAAUGGAGAAUGUUGCAAAUUAUGUUUGCUUCCCACAAAUGAGUAUAUUACAGUUGCUCUUGAUCACAAAGACAAAUUCAUGUGUUCUUUGCAAAGGAAGUUGUUACGUUUUGCCCUAAGAAUAUUUAUACCUAUAAGGAUGUGCCAGUUAAAGUGCUCAACAGAAAAUAUGACAGUUUAAAAGCAUUGUAAAACUUACAUAGCUUACUUCUUUUUCUAAAGUGCAACAAGGAUGAAUAGAAUGGGCCAAGGUAUGACAAUUAAUGGUUCUGCAUGAUCUAGCAACUGCUGUGGGUUUCCUUCUAUAACUUGUCCUUGUGAAAACUUGUGAAAUUAAAAA